UUAUAUUAGUGCAGAACACUGUACCUUUAAUUUAAAUGCCCUUGUAGUCUGCUGGUGAAGAGAAAUAAUACUGUCAGUCAGUAUGACAUGCAGAUGAGUGCCGUCGAUCUUAGAAUCACCGCACACUUCACUCAUUUGGGCAGUCACGGGGCCAAAACCAGAGUGUGGAGCCACAGUGUGGCGGUGGAGGCAGCAGCAAUGGAGGCCAUACAGCACCCUAGGACAAAAUGGAACCCAGCAGCAGUGUGAGGAGACCUGAAAGUGGCACAUGGCAGAGUGUGGCGAUGGAGACAGCAGCAAUGGGAGGCCGUACAGGGACCCAUGACACACUCUGGACCUGGCAGCAGCAUGAGGAGGCGGUACAGGGGCCCAUGACAGAUUACGGGCCUGGCAGCAGCAUGAGGAGUCGGUACGGGGGCCCAUGUCAGAUUACGGGCCUGGCAGCAGCAAUGGGAGGCCGUACAGGGACCCAUGACACACUCUGGACCUGGCAGCAGCAUGAGGAGGCGGUACAGGGGCCCAUGACAGAUUACGGGCCUGGCAGCAGCAUGAGGAGUCGGUACGGGGGCCCAUGACACACUCUGGACCUGGCAGCAGCAUGAGGAGGCGGUACAGGGGCCCAU